CUGAAGGCACCACGAGAAGUGUGUGUGGUUUGUGUGACAAAGGUGACAGCUUCACAGAUCGGUCCACGAACUCUUCGUGUUCAGUCAUCAGUUUGCUGUGUCUAAGGAGGAGAAGGUCUCUGUUUGCUCCAACAUGAGUGAAGAUAGCAGCGCUCUGCUCAGCAGGCUGGAGCAGUUGCAGUGUCACUUCACCUGGGAUCUGAAGCUGGACGUGGACCUGGAAACCCUGAGCCACCGACUACAGAUUGACAUUGAUUUUCAUCAGAGUCACCAUGAGGGAGAGAGUUGCACCUACAGCCUUUUGGCUUAUUUGAGGCAUCUUCAGGAUCAACAAGAGGAAGCGCUGUCACUUUUAAACCAAUCAGAGAAGACCAUCAGGGAGCGUCAUGGUGAUGAGAGUGAGAGGCGGCUCAUUGUGACGUAUGGAGACAUGGCCUGGCUGAAAUACCAUGAUGGAGACUUUGCACAGUCAAAAAGCUACUGUCAGAGAGUCGAGGACAUACUGGUGAAGUAUUCCACUGGUUCAUCAGGAAGUUUCAUUCCAGAGGUCUACGGAGAACAAGCCUGGACCUAUUUUAAGAUGUCGAGGUCUUUUCUCUCAGACGCCAUCGACUGUUUUCGUAAAGCACUUGAGGUAAAGACUCGUGACAUUGAGUGGAACGCCGGCUACGCCAUCGCUCUCUUUUGCAGAGAACAGUGGUUUGCAGAAAACAAACAGGAAGAUGAGGAAUCCCAGGCCACCAAACAGCUUCGCUUUGCAUUGAAAAUCAACCCAAAUAACGCUGCUCUGCAGUGCAUGCUGGCUGUGAAGCUGGUGACCUAUAAGAAAUACGAAGAGGCUGACGGUUUGGUGAAGAAAGCACUAGAAAAUGAUCCUUAUAACCCUCAUGUCAUUCGCCACUCAGGAAAUUACUUACUUAAUCAGAAUCGACUGGAUGAGGCUAUUGAUGUGAUUAAGAAAGGACUGAAAAGGGGCGAUCAAGUACCUUCCUUCACCUACCAGCUGGCUAUGUGCUACAAGCAGAAGAAAAUUGCUGAAGAGCACCGCGGGCCCUGCAGCAACAGAGAAGAGGUUGGUAAGUGGAGGUGUUGCUGUAUCAGUCACCUUGAAGACACUGUGGAGAUGAAACCAUCCUUUGUCCGAGCGUGGGCUGAACUGGCACUGUUGUACGCAGAGGAAGAGGAUUUGAGCAGGGCUGAGAAGACUUUCAAGCACUGCUUGGAGAAGUUACCAGAGUUGAAGGAGAAAAGGGUUUGUCAGAUUAUCCAUCAGUACUACGGUGACUUUCUUCAUUAUCACAAAGAAAAUGAGGCUCAAGCCAUCGCUCACUAUACCAAGGGGCUGCUGAUACCACUGAAGAAAUAUGAGUGGAGACAGUGUGCUCAGAGACUGAAGCAGAUCGCUGAGAGACGUCUGGCAAAGAAUCGUGGUGAUGGUGAAGCUCUCGCUCUGCUGGGUCAGGUGGCCAGAGCUGAGGACGACAACAAGAAAGCUGCUGAGUUUUAUGAAGAAGCUCUGAACUAUGACAAAGACAAUGAAGAGUACCUGUCUGCUCUGUGCGAGCUGCAGGGAUCAUCCUCUGAUUAUCAUCAGUUUGCUGUGUCUGAGGAGGAGAAGGUCUCUGUUUGCUCCAACAUGAGUGAAGAUAGCAGCGCUGUGCGCAGCAGGCUGCAGCAGUUGCAGUGUCACUUCACCUGGGAUCCGAAGCUGGACGUGGACCUGGAAAAACUGAUCACCCGACUAAAGAUCGACAUAGAUUUUCAUCGGAGUCAGUGUGAGGGAGGGAGUUGCUUCUACAGCCUCUUGGCUUAUUGCAGGUAUCUUCAGGGUCAACGAGAGGAAGCGCUGAAACUUUUAAACCAAUCAGAGGAGACCAUUAGGGAGAGAUACGGUGAUGAAAGUGAGAGGCGACUCAUUGUGACAUAUGGAGACAUGGCCUGGCUGAAAUACCAUGAUGGAGACUCUGAACAGUCACAAAGCUACUGUCAGAGAGUCGAGGACAUACUGGUGAAGUAUCCCACUGGUUCAUCAGGAAUUCUCCUUCCAGAGGUCUACGGAGAACAAGCCUGGACCUAUUUCAAAUUUUCAUGGUCUUCUCUCUCCAAAGCCAUCGAGUGUUUUCGUAAAGCACUUGAGGUAAAGACUCGUGACAUUGAGUGGAACGCCGGCUAUGCCAUCGCCCUCUUUUGCAGAGAACAGGAAGGUGAGGAAUCCCAGGCCACCGAACAGCUUCGCCUUGCGUUGCAGAUCAACCCAAAUAACGCUGCUCUGCAGUGUAUGCUGGCCGUGAAGCUGGUGGCCUAUAAGAAAUAUCAAGAGGCUGAUGGUUUGGUGGAGAUGGCUCUAGAAAAUGAUCCUGACAACCCUCAUGUCAUCCGCCACUCAGGGAAAUACUUUCGUAAUCGGAAUCGACUGGAUGAGGCUAUUGAUAUGUUUAAGCGAGGCCUGAUAAGGGAUGAUGAAUCAGCUUUCUUUCACCACCAGCUGGCUAUGUGCUACAAGCAGAAGAAAAUUGCUGAACAAUGCCACAAGCCCUGGAGCAACAGAGAAGAGGUGCGUAAGUGGAGGCGUAUUUGUAUCAGUCACCUUGAAGAUGCUGUAAAGAUAAAACCAUCCUUUUUCCUGGCGUGGGCUGAACUGGCACUGCUGUAUGCAGAGGAAGGGGAUUUGAGUAGGGCUGAGGAGACUUUCCAGCAGUGCUUGGAGAAGUUACCAGAGUUGGAGGAAACGCUUUGUCAGACUAUCCAUCAGCGCUACGGUGACUUUCAUCUUUAUCACAAAAGCAAUGAGGCUCAAGCCAUCGCUCACUAUACCAAGGGGCUGCUGAUACCACUGAAAAAUUAUAAUUGGAAACAGUGUGUUAAGAAACUGAAGCAGAUCGCUGAGAGACGUCUGACAAAGAAUCCAGGUGAUGGUGAAGCUCUCGCUCUGCUGGGUCAGGUGGCCAGAGCUGAGGGCGACAGCAAGAAAGCUGCUGAGUUUUAUGAAGAAGCUCUGAACUGUGACAAGGACAAUGAAGAGUACCUGUCUGCUCAGUUUGAGCUUCGUCUGCAGCUGCAGGGAUCAUCCUCUGAUUAAGUCCAGAGUGCCUCACUUCACUUGUGCUUGCCAGCUUCUCUGUAUGUAGCAAAAUAUACUGCAUAUGUAAUUUUUUUGUUUUGUUUAUAUAUCUUGGAGAAAAACUUUUAAGCGUUGCACAAUUUUUAAGAGAACAGUAUUCAAAAACAAAAAAUGACAUGUUCUGAUAUCACAGAGUUAGAAGUGGGGACAUCAGAGGGUAAAAACAGCUGGUGAUAAUUUACUGUCAAAGUUCAAG